AUGUUUCUACUUAUUAUCAUAGCAAUUAUUUCCUAUGUGAGUUAUCGAAUAUAUCGAAGUACACUUUCAACUCCAAAUAUCGAUUCACAUGGUAAAUAUGUUUUAAUCUCGGGAUGCGAUACUGGUUUUGGUUAUCAAUUAGCUAUUGAACUCGAUAAACAAGGUUUUACUAUUCUUGCUGGUGUUUAUUCUCGAGAUAAUAUUCGUUCGUUACAUAAUAAACUUUCAUUCAAUGCAACUUCACUAAAAAAAACCAAAGUUCUACAUGCACUUAUUAACAAUGCUGGAAUAAAUGAUGGAUAUUUUAUUGAUUGGACUUCCAUAGAUACAAUGCGUAAAGUAAUGAAUGUGAACUUUUUUGGACAUGUUGCAAUGACAAAAAUGUUUCUUUCAUUACUUAUUGCUAAACGUGAUUCUCGUGUUAUAAAUAUGGGUUCAAUGUGUGGUUAUAUUAGUCUUCCAGGUUCUUCUGCUUAUUGUGCAUCAAAAUAUGCAUUAGAAUCAUUUAGUGAUUGUCUUCGACGUGAAAUGGCUUCUUGGGGUCUACAUGUUUGUCUUAUUGAAGGAGGUCCGAUGCGAACAUCUUUUAUUGAUGAUAUAGAAAAAAAAAUACGAAAUUCAUGGAAUCAUCUUUCAACUGGUAAUCAACAACGUUAUGGAGAUUACUUUUUGAAUAAUACAAUUUUACAAUCAAUCAAUAGUGGAAUAGUGAUCAGUGCAGAGAAUCCAGAUAUAGUCAUACAAGCAACACAACAUGCUGUAUCGAACACGAAACCUUUUAUUCGAUAUCGUCCAGGAUGGCAAUCAAAAAUGUUUUUUCUUGUCUCUCAGUUAUUUCCGAGCGAUAUAAUGGAUAGUUUUUUGACUAUGGGACCAACUUUAAUUCCUGAUGCUGUGCAUAAGCAACUCACGGACUAG